AUGGCUAUUGAACAGUCCGCACUUGCAAACUUGAAACAUGCUGGGUUGAGCGAAAUCACGUAUCUCCCAGGUCAGCAAUCUUAUGAGGACCGAGUCAGUUCUUACUGGUCUCUCACCGCGCAACUACGCCCUUGGGCUAUUGUUCAACCAAGGACGACUCAGGAGGUUUCCGAGACCUUGAAGGCUUUGGUUAGCACACCUGGUUGUAAAUUUGCGAUCCGCAGUGGCGGGCACAUGGCCUGGGCUGGCGCCAACAACAUCGAGACUGGCGUGACUAUUGAUCUUGGGCUCAUGACAACUACGACAUACAAUCCUGAUACGAAAGUUGCAUCUUUGCAACCCGGUGGCACAUGGGCACAAGUUUAUUCUGAGCUUGAGAAAUAUGGAGUGAUGGUUGCCGGAGGCCGCGAGGGGCUGGUUGGAAUCGGUGGUCUACUUCUUGGAGGCGGCAUUGCCUUUCAUAGCUGCCGCUACGGAUUCGCCUGUGACCAGGUUAUCAACUACGAGGUUGUUCUCGCAGAUGGCAGUAUCGUCCAAGCCAAUAAGACCACAAACUCGGACCUCUUCUCAGUAUUGAAAGGUGGUUCUAACAACUUUGGCAUUGUCACGCGCUUCGAUAUGGUGACAUUCGAAGCAACUAACAUCUGGGAUGGGAAUAUUGUCCUCCCGAAAACAGCUACGGGUGAUAUCAUUGAGGCCUUUGUCGACUUUGAACAGAAACUUAAUGAAGCGCCCGACGAUCAUAUUCUUGCGAUGUGGACAUACCUGCCUCAGACAAAAGACCAUUUUAUAAACAUGGUCUUGACUAAUCUCGACGGUGUUGAGAAUGCAAAGUCUCUGCAGAAAUUCCUCGCCCUCCCCGGUCAGAAGAACAUGAAAACAACGACCGUGGCUAAAAAGUUGGUGGAUUUUGUGGUCCCUUCAGGAAAACAAGACACCUGGCUCACACUCACCUUCAACCUCGAUGCCAGAAUAAUGAAAAAAGCAGCCGAUGUCUUCGAAGUCCUGGUAGAAGACCUGAAAAUAUUAAUCCCGGACGGCAAAUUCUAUAUCUCGAUGGUCUUACAACCGCUGCCUCGAUCAUUUGCAAAGCAAUCCAUGGCCCGGGGCGGCAACCUCCUUGGAAUUGAGAAGCUACAGAAAGACUGCGUCCUCCUAGUGGCUGCAGUUGAAGUCGAGACGCCUGAAAUAUCGACUAAGAUUGCUUACCCCAAGCUCAGGGCAGCGAUUAGCAAGAUCGAGCUAUAUGCAAAAUCCGUGGAUGGCGAUGUUGGAUUCCUCUAUUUGAAUUACUGCGAUGGCUCACAAGACCCUUUCCAAACUUACGGUGAAGCGAGCAUCAGAGAAAUGCGAGAGGCCAUGGCCAAGUACGACCCUAGUGGAGUUUUUCAAACCAGAGUGCCCGGCGGCUUCAAGCUUUCUCAGACGGGUGUGAGGAACUGA